AUGCGACGACAUCAUGGCCGAGCACUGUCGCCCUACCAUGGUCGCACGGCCGCUCCUCCUUCCGCUGAAGUCUCACUGGUCCGCAGUUUUGACUCCAAGGUCAAUCCGUCAAGACCUGCGAGACAAUCGCCUUUAGCAACCUCUCAGAUUCAGGGCAUGCCAUUGGACUUGAUCGACCGCAUUCGUUCCUUUCCUCUCUUCCAAUCCACCUCUGACGAUUUCCUCGCCGACAUUGGUCUCCUCCUGAAACCCCAGCUGCACAACACCAAUGACUACAUCAUCACCGAAGGUGAAGAUGCUAAGGCAAUGUAUUGGCUUGUCCGGGGCGCUGUCGCUGUGACGUCUCGCGACGGUGAAAGUACCUUUGCUGAACUGAAACCCGGCGCCUUCUUUGGAGAAAUUGGAAUCCUCAUGGAACGUCCGCGCACCGCAACAGUGGUUGCCCGAACAAGAUGUAUGGUGCUGGUACUGAAGAAGGAGGAUUUGAAAAAGAUACUACCGAAAUAUCCCGAUGUGGAACAGUCCAUUCGAGACGAGGCAUUGGAACGACUGACGCAACUGGAGAAGAAGAAGAGACAGGUGCUCCUCGGCACGGAAGAUGUCCCAAAUCACGAAAGAAGAGGGUCCAAGAGGGCAAGAGUGACGGUUGGAGAGGAUGUAUACAUGAGAGACAGUGACGGCAGCGUUACCAGCUCGAGCAAGCGGCGCAAAUCUCCUAGCCCUGGGACAAACGAGGUGUCAACAGCAAGCGCAUUGGGACAUGGCCUAGUUAACAUCCGUGCCACCUUGAAGGAGCUGCCGCUGUUUGCCUCGCUACCUUCUGAUAUUCUCCAUUUCCUCGGUCUCAGUGCGCAGCCAAGAAGCUUUGCACCAUUCACAGACAUUAUCAAGCAAGAUACCAGAGGCCGCGAAGUCUAUUUUAUUGUCCGCGGCGAGGUUGAAGUUUUGGAUGAGAGGAACGUGUCUACUCCCAAGCCACACAAGGCCGGAGCACCCAAUGGUGUGCCGCGCACACCACGGGUGAUAGCUCGCCUCAAGCCGGGACAGUACUUCGGAGAGGUUGUGAGUCUGUCACUAGCAGAUCGUCGGACAGCUACUGUGCGGUCAGUAACCCAAGUUGAAUGCUUGAUGAUCUCCGAAAAUGUGCUGGCGGAUUUUUGGAAUCGUUGUCCGCCGAGUGUCCUGCGGCAGAUUGAGGACACCGCGAAGCACCGGUUACAGCUGGCGUCGGACAAUGACGUUGUCAUGAACGACGCAGACACAACGCCUGAUAUUCAUGACCUUGAAAUCCGGGACUCAAAAGAGAGGAAGCAGAAGAAAAUCAUCAGUGGACCCCGAGUAACGUUUACAGACACAGAAAUCAGUAGUUCCACACAGCCAGCUCUGACAGAGGAACCAAGCAAUACCCUUGAACCCUCAGACCCAGACCCUUUCUUGAGUGAGGGCUUAGAAAAGGUCAGGUCGAGGUCAAGGAGAGGCUCUCUUGCUCCGCCGCCUCCAGAUGAGCCAUCAAAAGAUCAGAGACGACGGUCUCCUCGGUCAUCACCUACCACCACAACCAAUGUAUCUCCCAAGAGUUCAGCAUCUGGAACACCAUCUCCCACGUCCGAGUACAAAGGCCACAGCGGCUUUCCGUUUUCUGAUCCCUUUUCUCCAGGGGGUCGACCCAAACCACGACAACGGUCCAGCCGCGGCCUAAAUCGAGGAAGUAUCCCUGAUCAACUACUGCCACUGAUACUCGAAUAUCUCGACUUGCAUGAGUUGAUGCGUCUACAAGGCGUUUCCCUCCAUUGGCAGAAUGUUCUGAGUACUGCACCUAAUCUAUUACACUAUCUUGACCUGUCACACUAUAAUCGGAAAAUCACGGACGACAUACUAAUCAACCGCAUCUGUCCGUUUGUUGCGGACAGACCUAGAAUCAUCGACAUUAGUAACUGCUUCCACAUCACUGACGAAGGCUUUGCCGCUUUGGUCAACACAUGCGGAGUCAAUGUUCAGGGAUGGCGCAUGAAGAGCGUCUGGGACGUCACUGCUCCGGCAAUCUUGGAGAUGGCAAACAGAGCUCGUGGGCUCAAGGAAGUCGACUUGAGUAAUUGCCGCAAAGUCAGCGACACAUUGCUAGCGAGAAUAGUUGGAUGGGUCGUUGCCGCACAGCCUCAAGCACCUAGCAACCGCACAAAGGUCAACUCGCACCGCCCUGUUCUCAAUACAAAACUUAAUAACAGCACUCCGCAGCAACCUCCCCCAGGGACAGUCGUUGGAUGCCCAGAGUUGAGCUCCAUCACUCUAAGCUACUGCAAACACAUCACUGAUCGAACCAUGGCUCAUAUCGCAACACAUGCUCAUAAUCGGAUUGUUUCGAUGGAUUUGACUCGCUGUACGACUAUAACGGAUGCUGGGUUCCAGUUCUGGGGCAAUGUCAAGUUUGAACGGUUGAGGAAACUGUGUCUGGCCGACUGCACAUAUCUCAGCGAUCAGAGCAUCGUGUGGCUCGUCAAUGGGGCGGGUAGUGGUCUGAGACAGCUUGACCUGUCUUUCUGCUGCGCACUCUCUGACACAGCCACCGAGGUCCUCGCCUUGGGUUGUCCGAAUUUAACCCACCUGAAUCUCUCCUUCUGCGGUAGCGCUGUCUCCGACCCAAGCUUACGGUCAAUCGGCCUUCACUUGACUUCCCUUCGCGAACUCGCUGUUCGUGGAUGCGUCCGUGUAACGGGCCUUGGUGUCCAGAGUGUGGUCGAAGGCUGCCAAAAGUUGAAAUUAUUUGACGUGAGUCAGUGUAAGAAUUUGCAGCCCUGGCUGGUAAGUGGUGGAAUUGAGCGGUGGCGGUCCAUGGGCCGGGAUGUCGAGUUUGUGGUGGUCAGUUCAGGAACGAAGUUGGUACGAUGA